UUGGAUCGUCUGGCUCGACAGCGGGCAUCGGGUCACCAGGCAUGACAGCAGGCACUGGGUCAUCAGGUACCGGAUCGUCUGGAUCGACAGCGGGCACCGGGCAUUGGAUCGUCUGGCUCGACAGCGGGCAUCGGGUCACCAGGCGGAGCGGCGGGCACCGAGACACCAGGCACGACAGUGGGCUCCGAGUCAACUGGUAUGACCGCAGGCACUGGGUCAGACAUUGGAUGGUCUGGCUGGACAGCGGGCAUCGGGUCACCAGGCAUCAGGUCAUUUGGCUCGACAGCGGGCACCACGUCAUCUGGCAAGGCAGUGGGCUCCGAGUCAACUGGUAUGACCGCGGGCACUGGGUCAGACAUUGGAUCGUCUGACUGGACAGCGGGCAUCGGGUCACCAGGCAUCAGGUCAUUUGGCUCGACAGCGGGCACCGCGUCAUCUGGCAAGGCAGUGGUCUCCGAGUCAACAGGCACGACAGUGGGCACCGGGUCAUCAAGGUACCGGAUUGUCUGGCUCGACAGCGGGCAU